CGGUUGGAGAUGCUGUUACGCUCACACUCACACUUCCACAUCCAGUCCAGAUCUCGCCGUCGCCGCGUCCGCGUCCACGACGGCGUUGGCGCAGCAGGCUCCGAGAACCACGCCAGCGUUGGUGUCCCCGCAAGAUCCGCCCGACCCGGGCCAGCAAUGGCGGCGGCCGUCGUCGGGGGCAUGGUCGCCUCGGGCGUCAUCAAGGUGGUGAUCAGGCAGAUUGGUUCCGCCAUCGUGGGCAAGGUCAAGCUGCACAAGAACCUGACCAAAGACCUGCAGAAGAUGAAGAUGACGCUCGGUGGAGGCCGCGCUCAGCGACGCCGAGAGGUGGUCCAUCACGGACAGCUCGGCGCUCCUCUCGGAGGUAUGAGGAAGAAGAUCAAUAUGCCAGACAAGAUGAAAAAGAUGCAAGAGCGUCGACAGAAGAUAACACAAGACCAUCAGAAUUAUAGUGUUCCGCCAGAAAUUCGCACCAAUGACCAACAAGUUCUUGACAUCUGGGAAAAUGCAGGGAAUGUGGAGGAAGCAGAAAUUAUCGGGAGGACCGGCGAUAAACUGGAAAUAUUGGCUCGUUUAUCUGGGAGCACCACUGAAGGGACCACCUUCGUUCCCAUAUGGGGCUUUGGAGGCAUUGGAAAGACCACCUUGGCAAGAUCGGUUUACAACCAUCCUGAGGGAGCUAGUGCCACCAACCACUUUGCAGAAGUUUGUGAUAUAUGGUUAUACUAGUAUCAGCUUUCCAAACUGGGUAAUGAAUAUUGGCAAUUAUCUCCCUAAUGUUGUCCAAAUGGAGAUGGUUGGUUUGCCAAACUGCAAUGGUUUUCCACCCAUCGCCCAACUACCAAGCCUCCGAGUUCUUACUCUGAAAGACAUGGUCAGCCUGGAAGAAUGGAACACAACAUACUCUAGUGGUGAGGAUGGUGUGAAUGAGCUCAUGUUCCGUAAGCUCGAAGAAGUGGAUAACACCACACUUUCCAAGAGCUGCAUCUUGGAGUAUAAAGGGAAGUGAUAAUGUUCUCAUAUCAUGGGCAGAGAGCUUGUCACACAAUGGUGUUUCCUCAUCUUCUCCAGGAGUAUCUACUAAUCUGACAGUUGAAAGCAGUAAGGUGCCUCUACAUCAGCGGAGGUUGCUUCACCAUCUACCUACCCUCAGUGGUUUGCACCUCGAACAUUGCAGUGAUUUGACAAGCUCACCGGAGAUCUCUUGGGCCCUCCAGUCCCUCAAAUCACUCUCAUUGGAGAUGUCAGCCCAAUCAAAACAGUCAGAAUUGGUAGGCGAGUUGACAUAUCUUCAGCAACUUGUGAUAACACGAUACCUGAAGCUAGACGAAUUGCCCGAUAACAUGAGGCAACUCAAACAGCUACAAUCAUUAAUGCUGCAUACCUGUCAAAGCUUGAGACAGCUGCCGCUGUGGUUACGAGAACUUACCUCUCUCAAAAAACAUGUAAUUUCUAACUGCUCUGCUAUCACAACUUUGUCAAAUAGCAUAGAGCAGCUCACAAAUCUCCAAGAAUUAAAAAUUCCCGUCUGCCUUAACUUAAAGCCGUGGUUAGAAGCAGAAGAGAACAAGACGAAGCUUGCUCACAUAGUACAAAAGCCCGUCUGUUGUUCUCCCUCGAGCAGGGUAGCCAUUCCCGCUAGCCCACGAAGAUAAAACACUGAUGCUAGUGUAAAGAAAACGGAGGCGUCAAUCAAGAUUUAGGCCGCUUGAUCGAGUCGGUUGAGCCCACGUCCAUCUGAACCAAAACUCCAUAGUAAUUACUAGCACGCAGUUCCGGUAUGUGCCUGGAAUUAUAAAAUAUCGUGCCUAUUCCAAGCACACAUUUAAGAGUUCAACGUACUCCGGUAUGUUCGAUUCGGCAGUAGAUAUCGUGCUACUCUGUUAUCUGCUUCCCUUGACAACGAAAAUGUGAUUCAAUCUCUUAUAAAGAGCACUUGUCGUUUGGUUAUUA